AUGGCUGGUCGAUUCUACACGAUGAUCUUUAAUCUCCUGCUGACCUCAUUCAGCGGGACUCGGAAGGCAUAUGUGCUGCGCUUCAUGGUGAUGCUUGGGUUCAGCAUCUUGGCAUUGAGCGCCUGCAGCGAUUGCUUUCACAGCUUCCUCAUCUUGCUUGCUUCUGCGGGUGAGGGCUUUUAUCUUGGAGUUCGUUCUUUGACCCUGCUGUGGGUUAGGCAGGCUAAGCAAAAAAAAUCCAGUGCCAGCCACGGGCGUUCCUUUUGCGCAGCGCUUCACACGGCGGCAGAAGAUGUUCCGGAGAAUGCGCCGGCGCGGGUUUCUCAUGGUUGGCCCCUGGGGACCUGGACGCCCGGCAUGCAAGGCGAUGGCGGUGGAGCCGCUGGCGGCAUCGCCUCUUUCGACGACGGCGGCUUCGCCUUGUGGGUUGCCGAGGCCUUCAUCGACCCGAGGGCUGCCGUAGGCUUCUUGAAAAAAGUGAUGAAGAGCCAGGAAGGCCGAAGAUGCAUUAAGAAACGCCAAUGGGCAGAAAAUCCGAUCAAGAGCCCAAGGGCCAAUCAAGAUGGCGAAGGUCACCAGGGUGGAGGUACAGGUGAACCGAAGGUGCCAAGUAGGCCGUCUACCAGCCCUUGUGGGCUCCCCUGCUUCCUCACUUGCGACCAGUGCCGCCAUGGAAGCAGAGUGAUCGAGGCUGCUGACUUCCCUCCUCUUCGUGGUGGAGGUGGAGGAAAGGCUCGCAAGCAGAAGCAGCAGAGUGAUGCCAAUGUCGAGUUGAUUCAGCAGGUAGGUGAGCUUCUAGCUGGAAACCCCCGUAACCUUGCACAGCAGUUGACUUCCUUGUUGGCUGCCUUUGCUCGCAAUCAGCGGCCGGCGGAUUCCGAAGAGGACAGGGAUUAUUGGAAUGCGGCUUCUUGUGUGCAGCCGACGCCACCUUCAGCUCGACAUCCGUGGCGCCGGGCUUGGCAGCAGGAUGCUAAACGGGCGGAGGCUCCAUGGAAGCAGCCGCCCUCGGCGCGGGCUCCUAUAGACGAUGGGCCAAACGCCGAGCGGGAUUGGGUGGACAAGGCGGGCGCGGCUGUUGCCCCUGCCAUUUCCCUGGACGCCUUGGGCGCCAUGUUUGAUGAGGAUGAUUCCGCUAGCCGUGUGGUCUUGGUGGACUCCGAGGACGAUGCAGUCCAGGCUUUGGAAAUGGUGGCCGCCACCGUGGGCGGCAGCUUGGCAGUGGUUUGGGCAGGCCAGCUUCCAGAGGUGGAGGCCAUGCCUAAAGCGAUCACUGACUUUAAGGCGACGGUUCAGCGCAUACGGGUUCCUGGGAAGCUCGGCACCAAGCUGUCUACGCGGUCGGCUAUCGUGCUGGGCUUUGGCGAGGAUGCUCCGCAGCUUCGCACUAGGAAAGCUGCAGUCAUCAAGUUGCCUGGUGCUCGCAACGGCAGCUGGGUCCUUCGCGUGACGGCAGACUGGCGAUACACUAAGGACUCUUGGGAUGACCUUCUGAAGAAGGCCUGGGGCCCCCUACGGCGCUGGGUCUCCAGCCAUCUUCCGGAUGCCGAUUGCAUCGGGGACACGUGGUCAUGGAAACAGGUGGGCCGAAAUGCGGUUCAGGGCCUCAUGAGGGUUUAUGAUUCGAAUGCGGCCGCGGUGCUCCUGAAUGCUUCUGGAUCCACUCGAGGCGGCACGUGGUUUGUUGAUCCAGUGGGUGAGUUGCCGGCGGGAUACCAGGCCUCCAACGGCGUGGUGCUCGGCAAUCGGGAAUUAGGCCUUAGGCUUAGGGCCAAUGAUGCACGUUAUGUUCCUCCGGGGCGGAUGUGGACCAUCCGCUGGCUACCUCGCCAAGCCACGCGGAUGGAUACCAAUAUCAUCCUAUCCGGUAUGGGAUUUGUCGAGAUUGAGCUUGCAGCCAAAAUCACUCGUCGGCAGGGCUCUUCAUGGAGUUUCCGUGCGGAACGGGAGGACGACCUUGAAUUGGUUCAGGGCCUUUACGAUGGCGGCGAUGGCACUCAGGAGGUUCAGGCUUUGCUUGAGUCGAAGCGCAGGGGCCAAACACGUCCUGAGCAUUUCCUUGGAUCCGAAAGGCGCGUCAGUUAUGGUGCUGAGGGCUCGCGCCACAACCCGGCUGAUGACAAUGGCGGUGACCUGUGGAAGGACUGCUUUGAUUGGGAGCCCGUUAACGAGGACCCUGAGUUAGAUGGCAUUGGGGACAUGACUGAUGCCCCCCCUGGCUCAUGCAUGGUCGUUUCCACUGGUGAUGGCGCGGCUGCUGGCACGGAGGCCCAGACCGGCUCCACCGGAGUCAAGCGGCCACCUGAGGCCAUGCCUAAGAAGGCGGCAGUGCCGAGAGUGCGUGCGCCGUGGCGCCCAACUGGGACCAUAGUUCCCAAUCAGGGUGGCGGCAACUGCUUGUACUACGCCAUAGCUGAGGCUGAGCAUGCGAGUGCAGGCAAAACCCGUAGUCACCGACAGCUUCGCGCGUAUGUCGUCUCCAAGCUCAAGGAUGACCCGGACACGUACCAGGAGCUCUGGAUUGGUCAGGGGCGGCCGUCUGUGAUGGGCCAGUCUCAGGAGUCGGAUGCUUCGUAUGAUGCUUUUCUUGGUGAGGCUGCGAUGGUCGGAUCCUUUGCUGGGGCCCUAGAACUGCUCGCAUUUUGCCGUAGCCGGAACUGUCGCGCCUGGGUGGGCACACCGACUGGCGAUGUGUGGCAAUUCCAUCCAGAGGGCGAGGAUAACAGGCUUUUCCUUUGGUAUACUGGCAAGCACUACGAGUACUACAAGGACGCGGUGGAGUCGGAGUGGGCUGCUAGGAAACGCAGCCAGGAUGAGCAAGGUGGUUUGAAAGAGCAGCCACUGCGAGGUGGAGGUCGUAAGGGUGGCACCCUGAGUGAGCCGGCUAGUGCCGCGACAAAUGUGGUUCCCUCGGAAGUCAGUCCAACGGCCGGUACCGGGUGGCGGUCGCACUCUGGGUCAGUUCGCUUCCUCGGCUGCGUCAUCCAAGGGUCUGUUCAGGGGCCUCAGGGGGACCUCAGCGGUCAUGAGGUGGAGCCACCUCCUACGGAUGCGGCCGAGGGCAGCCGAGUUCGAUCCAAGAGGCGAAGUUCCAUGACAUGGAUCGAAAACGAAAUCGACACUGCACUAGGCAUCAUGCAGGCAGAGGCCUGCCGGGAGGCGGCGGCUGUGGCGCGCACGGCACAUCGCGCGAAGAAACAUCGCCAUCUGACUCAGGAGCAGUAUCGGCAUCGGUGUAGGACGCACUCUCGCUUGCGGCCGACUUUCUUCAUGCAGACACAGGUGCGCAAGUUGAACGCCGCGGUUGCUAGGCGUGGCACUGCGGGCAUUGACGUCAACACGGAGUGGGACACUUUCCGAUGGCCCGUCAUCGGUGAGAAGGCCGCCAAAAAGGGGCGACCGAGCCGAAAGGUCCUGUCCGUACUCACGUCCUGGCGGUGCAAGGGCUGUGGCAUGUGCACUCGCAUCCCGACAUAUCGUGAUCUACAUACCAAGAAUAAGAGAUGUGCCAGUUGGGACGGCGAGCAGGCGCUCCGCGCACAUCGGCGGCGCCUCGAUCGGGCAGAGAGCGAGGCGGCUAACAUUGACCAUGGCAUGGACCCGGUGCUGCUCAAGGACUUGUUCGCCGCGGUUGAGGCCAUUAACGACUGGUGGAAGGAGUUUAGCUCAGACUUUUUGUGUUUGCAAGAAGUGGACAUCAAUGAGGCCAGUGGUCCGGGUUGGAUUGCCAGCUGGAAAUCUCGUGGUGUUCACGCGUUUUUGUUGGGCUUUGGGGACCGAGGUUCUCGUACAGCCAUCUUGGCCAAGGCUCCGGGACGCGUCAUCAAAUUAGAUGUGCGUGAUGACUCUCGCUAUACGGCGGUGAUGUUCGAGUUUUUGCAGGGUGAUGCCACCAAGAAGCUCAUCCAUGUCAGCUUGUAUAGUUAUUAUGGUGACCUUCAGGCUGCAGCGGCAUACAUGGAGGAAAUUGUCAUGGCGCUGCAAACUCUUGGUGUGGAGUGGUUGAUCUUGGGGGAUCACAACAUUUGUGCAAAUGAACCUCCCCUUGCGUCGCGAUUGGCGACGGGAUUAUUCCGGCUCCUUGACGAUUCUUUUAUGGCCAGUGUACAGCAGCUGCCGGGAACAGCCGGUGGCUCUCGACGGGUGGACUUUGGGAUAGGAACUGGACGGCUUAGUCCGGAGACCCUGGAUCAUUACCCGGGCGUUGCCAAUCAUACCUCUGUUCGAUAUGGCUUUCGAUUCUCGUUGCCGCGUGGUUUUGUGGGGCCGCGCAGAGCAGCUUUGCUUCUUGAGAAAGUGCAGCAGGUACAGUGGGAUCAGUCGUGGAACCAUGACCGGUUUCAAGCAGCGCCUGAUCAGGAUGAUGUUGAUUGCGCAUGGCGCAUUCUUUCAGAUGCCGCGGAGCGCAUUCUUCGCGAGGACUUUUCUACGGGCUUGUCGAGGGCGGCCGCGUGGAAUCCACGUAGAGCUGCUCUGCGUAGCAAAGCGGACGGGCGUCUUCGUAACAUCAUUUCUCGGGACAUGCAGGCCUUGGAGGGUGAUUAUAGGUGGCUCUCUGAGUUGGGAGUCUUCGACAUGGAGGCUCGUGCUGAGUGGCUGGCGGACAAAAUCACAGAGGAGGCCGAUGCUGAGCGGCAGCGGGGCUUUGCCAAGUGGAGAUCGUCCGUCCGCAACUCGUAUCCUAAGCAGGUGAGCUGGAUCAAGCGUCGGGCAGCGUUGAAGUCAGGGGCCGCUCAACCGGCUCCGGCGGAUGGGGCUGUGCUUCAAUAUAAGGCCAUCCACCCCACAUCCUUGAUUGCUGAAGCUGAAACUGAGUGGGUUCAGCGAUGGACCCGCGGGGACGUGGCCAUCGAUCCGCUUCGUGAGCUUCUCGAGGAACUUCCCCCGCCGAGGCAGGUCGACGUCAGACCUGUGUUUUAUGCUGAAUCGCUCCAACGGGCUGCCUCCAGAAUGCGUGGCAAAGCGGGAGGUCCCGAUAAUUGGGAAGUCUCUCAUUUCGAGGCGCUCCCGGACCCGUUCUGGGCUGCGCUUGGUGCUCUAUGGCAGAAGUGCUAUGAGGCGGGAAAGGUUCCAGCCAGAUGGAAAGAAGCGAGGGUCACCCUCAUCGCCAAGCCGGAUGGGGGCCAUAGGCCCAUUAGUGUCUUGAGCAUUGCUUACCGCCUCGGGGGCAGUGUGCUCGCUCGGGCGCUUCGGGAAUGGGCAGAAUCAUGGUUAGGACACCGCAUGCUGGGAGGUGUUCACUCCAGGUCGACGCGAGACGUCUUCAUCAGGAUGAUUGAUGCGAUGGAGGAUCCUGACAUGACCAUCGUGGGGCAGGAUGUCUCAAAAUUUUUCGACGCAGUGAAUGGGGCACACCUACUGCUUGUCUUACGACAUCUGCGUGCACCUGACCCAUUCGUGGCCUUCGUUCAGGACCUCUUGGAUGGACAGAGGCGGCUUUUCGCCGUAGGCAGUCAGCUAGGCGCCUCGUGGCGCAACGCAUCCAAGGGGGUUGGCACAAGGCGAUCCACUCUCCCCCCUUUUGGCGGCAUCCAUGAUGCGGCCACAUUCGUUGACGACAGAUCGUUUUGGUGCACCACGCUUCAGGGUUUGGUAGAUGCUAAGGGUGCCAGUGACCGUGUUGAUGCGGUCUUCGAGCUGCGCUGCGAUGCCAGGAAAUGCCAGGUUGCUUCUCGGGCCCAGGUGGGCAGGCAAGCGGCUGAGACCUUUCGUUAUGGGUUUGCUUCGUCCUUCACCACGUUGGGGGUGACCUUUGACUUUGCAGCGGCUUCUGCCCCGACGCUCUCCCGCUAUUCGUUUGAGCAGGCUGACCACAGGCUACAGUGCAUCAGCAUGAUCGUCAAGAACCUCGACGUUAAGGCUCACCUCAUUCGGACGUUGGUGAUCCCUAUGCUCAUAUGGUGUGGGGCGGUGGCGAGCCUGGAGCACGAAAAGGUGAAGCAGCUGAGGAGGGCCAUUCUGGUUACAUCGCAUGCUAAUGUCGCGGUGGAUGCGCCGCCGAUUACCCUCUUCGAGGUGAUGGGGUGGGGAUGUGAACCUCAGUUUGCGCGCCACUGGAGUGCGUUGGUUGCCUUGAUUAGCUAUGUUGGGUCCUUCGUGAGCUUGGUUGGUGGACUGAUGCGCGGGGAUCCCACUGGCACCGUCGCACCACGUUGGCUAAUACUGGUCGAGUUGUUCGUGCUCUCCACCGGUCGGACCCGGUUCUUGGACGUGGGCGUGCCGCCACCGAAAACUCCAGGCCAGCGCGUCUACCCAGGCUCAGCGCUCUGCAGCCCUUGUUACAGUACCGGAUGCUCGGCGUGGUCCAAGGCUCGGAAGAGGGGCACCACGGUUGAGCAGUUGCCAGUGUGUGAAUGCGGUCUUCAGGUCCAGAGUCGCCCCCACCUGAUGUGGGAAUGCAAGGGCACACAGCACCUCAGACCUAGCAUUACCAGACCUACCAACAGAUGCGAGGAGAGACUACUCGCCAAGGUCGUACCAGAGGUGCCAGCACCACCAGACAUCAUAGGCUACGCGGACGUGAUUGAGGAACUCGCGGAUGACAUCGACAAGGUCCUGGACAGCAAUGACACAGUGGUCAUCGGCGUAGAUGGCAGCGAGGUCACUACGGUCUCGGCUUGGGCUGCUGCGGUCCACAACGGUGGGGUGCAUGUCUCGGGGGUCGCCAGCGAGGAUCAGUCGCCGUACAGGGCUGAGGUCGAAGGAAUCCUAGCCGUGUUGCGUGCUGCCAUCGCCACUCGACAAGUUGGGUCAUUACUCUUGGUUGCCGACUGCCAGGCAGCCAUCCUUGCCACAGAAGGGAAAGGGCGCUGCCCUUUGUUGGUUCAUGAGGUGGUGCGCCUUCGAAGGGCGGUCAUUGCUCGCGGGUUCCGUGUUCUGCUUCAUUGGAUCCCUAGUCAUGGAAAGCCAACUCCGGCUCGAUGGAUUGCUCCGCCGUGCGGUGAACAUACCGCCAGGGCCCUCAAUGACAGAGCUGAUCAGGCAGCGCGUGCGAAGGCGCUUCAACUGCUUCGUGGAAGUGCCCGGCAAGUGUGUGAUGCGCUACGCUCGGCAGCUGCCGCAUGGGAAAGUGCCGCCGUGAGUGCCCUCGCUGGCAUCACGGCUUACUUUGGGGAGGGAUACCGGGCAGAGGUACGCUUGACGCCCAUUGCACUGACGCGAUUAGUUUCUGCCGCGACUCUCGCAAGUCCUCUGUUGUGGGCGGUGAUCAGCGUACUACCGUUGCGGACGCUCUUGGCUACAGUUGCGUCCCUGUCCUUUCUCCUUUGGGCCACGCAGUGCCGGUCUCAGUCUCGCUUGUUUCUUGACUUGGUCAAGGCGCGCAUGCUUCAUGUGACCGCCGCCGCAGAGGUGCACCUCCUUUGGACCCUGUGUUUCAGUCCCUUCCUGUUCCUCUUCAGUUGGCGGCCAGACUCACCUCUUGUCUCAUGCAUCUCUGGCAGCUCUGCGCUGGCAAUCCUAGUGCUGACUCCCUCGCCAACCAGGACGACAGGACUUCACCUCCGCGAGUGGUUGUGCCAUCUUGUGCGUGCAGCAAGAGCCGUGAGCUGUGCGUUUGAUGACGCCUUGGGCUUUGACAGCGACUCUCGUAAGAGGUCUGCCGCCGAUGGUGAAAAGUAUGCUACCUUGUCGGUCACCAUCUCCUUGCGGCACACGCAUUGCCUUAUUGGGCAGUGUACGCGGCGCUUCUUGUUGCAGAUGUGGCCCAGCUUCUUGUGUCCUGCCGCGGAGAGGCACCUGUCGCGCGCCUUUGUUGCCUUGGCACGGCAGCGCCCCUUUACUUUGACUGGGCACCCCAUGGGCAGCGACCUGCCUGAACUUGUGCUGGCAUGCAAUGAGAACAAGCUGGCCCGGAUCCGGGCUGAUGUCUUGAACGAAGUGGAAGACUCCGUGCAGACUCUGCCUUGCUGUGAGCCAGCAGAGGAGCUGUUUCCGGAGCUCCUGCAUGAGAUUGAUGUUGAGUUCAGGGUGCUGGCAGUUGCAGCAUGCAGCGCUCACGGUCACGGGGACUCGUUGCCAUGGAAACUAGCGACAUGGGGUGGUGGGAUGAUCGCCGCUGAGGACAAUGACAUCGAACAGGUCCAACAGGAGGCGGAGCGCCACCGCCGGGCGGCGGAGCAGGCACUGCGCCGCAUCGAAGAGCAAGAGAAGGAGUUGGGCCAGCUCGAAGAUCACGUCGCAGGUCUCGAGGAGCAGCUCGCGGCCUCACAGAGCUCUUCUCAGCGCCAGGCAGCAGAGCUGCGCGAGGCCCAAGACCAGGUAGGGGCUUUGGAGCGUGAGCUUCGCGAGUUGCGAGAGACGCGCCGGGAGGAGCCCGAGAACUCCGGGAGAAGGAAAACCGUGCGAUUGAGCAAGGCAGAGAUGCCCAAGGAGGACACAGCAGGAUACCGAGCAGCAGAAGCCAUGGAAGCCAUAAAGCGAGAGCACGACGAGGCGAUGAAGGCAAAACAAACCGAAUUGGACAAGAACCAGCGUAGCUUGACUUCGCUUCAGGAGCAGCACAUGCAGCUGCAGCAGUACUGUGAAGAGCUUCGGGCAGCCUCUCAUGAAAUCCAAGGAUACCUUGAAACAGCCGAGUCCGAGAACAUCAAGCUGCAUAGUGAAAUCGAAGAACUGCGCGAGGUAAUGGAAGCACAUCACUUGCACAAGGCUCUCAAGACUGUUUCCGAGAAGAGGGGAUCGCUGCAGCUGGCCAUCUUUGCAGAGAGUGACAGUUUAGCCCACGAGCUUCAGAUGGAAGAGCCCCAGGAGAAUCAGCAGCAGGAAAGAGAAGCCCCGAUGCAAAAGACAAGAAGCGUAAGCAUUGCAGAGGAGGAGGAGGCCCCAAGGCCACGGAGGGAGGCAGCGGCACGCAGAAGAAGCAGCAGCGUGGGAGCGAGCAAGCUCGCCGCACUCCAAGAGGAAUACGAAGAAAAAUUUGAAAGCCAGAGCCAGCAGCUGCAAGUAGCAUUGCAAAAUAAAGAGCGCAUAGAGAAAGAGAAGCAAGAGGCCAUAGACUCUCUGCAGAAGCAGAUCGAGGAGCUCAAAGGCAAGGUUGGAGACGGUGGAGGAGACGCCCUCGCAGGUCUCUUCAAGAUGAUGUCUCGCAUCAAGGACCUCACGACUGAGGCCUCCGACGCCGUGCUGCUGGGCUUUGCGCCUCCCGAGGAGGCCAUGGCCUUCCAGGCCGCUCGCCCGCCGGACGCAUCAGCAGAGGCCCAGCGCGCCGAGCAGGCGCUGAGGUUCCGGUCGAAGUCUGCAGCCAGUGACGUCAGGAGUCGCCUGCAGGGAAGGCGCCAGAGAAAAGCGCAGGUCAAGAGCUUGGACUCUCUACCCGGAACCGUCAUUCAAGGGCGGAUCUCCUUUCGAGCGCCCCAGUGGCUUCCGUGGCCAGACGCGGCGGAAGGGCGCUGGCUCGUUCCCACGGACGCUCCGCAGACGGGCCGGGUCUCCCUGGCGCUUGUCGACCCUGCCACCGGCCGGUCUGAGAUCGUUUGUGAGAACCUGGCUCCAGAAGCCCACUUCACAGCAACACCAAGUGGCUGGGUCGCUUGGUGUGGCCUCCAUGACAACCGGGGACACGGCGGUGUGUUUGCGCGACGAGUGCUUCCAUCCAUGGGCCCUCCGAUCAGUGUAUUUGCGCAUGCAAAUCGUGUUGAGGGCAUGAGCUGGGGUGGCGACCGCUUGGCGCUGUUGAUACACGCUCCCAACUGCCUGGUUUGGGCAGUAUGGGAUCCAGUGGAAGCAGCUAGGACAGGAAACGGCUUGUAUGUGGCUCCACAGGGCUUCAUCCCCGGUCGCUCCUUCUCCGGACGGGUUCUGCCCUUCUUCGAUCAGUUCGAGCGACGGGUGCACUACUGGAAUCCAGGACUUGAUGCUUUGGUUUAUGCAGACUUCAAUGCCGAAGUCUGGGUGCAGCCAUUUCCACGGCCGCCCCAACCACAUUCACAGGAAGAAGUGCAUCCGUUGCAAUCCCUAGCGGGAGCCCAGUCGCUGUCUCUGGCGCCACCGCGUCGGAGGACCAUCCCACAUUGCACACUCUUCUUUGACCAGCAGUGGCCAUAG